GUGCAAGCGGCGGCGGCCGCCGCGGGCACAGCAGCCGCCCGCAAGGAAGUGAGGCUUCGCCUACUCGCAGCGGCUGCCGCGACCUGCAGGGGCCAGUGCGGCAGUGCCGCGGCCCGCGAUGGAGCCUUGCAGCUCAUCAAGGCGAUCGAGGCCUUGAAUCUCACCUUGGAGCCUGCGAAGCAAGCAGGUUACCUGGAGGGCACCUGGCGUCUCAUCUACGCCUCCGAGGAUGUGACGCGGUCCUCGCCCUUCUUCUGGGGCUGGCGCCAGCUUCUGAAGGGCAUCCCGGACCCAUCCCCCGUGAGCCGUGCAGUUCUGGGCACAGAGGAGCUCUCCGAGUCGAUCUUUGCCAUCACUGACGGCAUUCCGAUGAAGACCGUUGGGGAAGCCACGCAGACUCUCGUGAACGGACAGAUGGUGAAUCGCGUGGAAGUGGAGGUCUUCGGCUUUGGCAAGACCGUCAUGACCACGACCUGCAGGUACGAGCCGAUCAAUGGAUCUGAGCUGAUGCUCACGGUGGAGACGACGCAGGCAGUGGAGAAUACUCUGCCCUUCGCAGAUCAGGUUGUUUUCCCAUCCGAGUCCCUCCUUGGAGAGAGUGCGCGGGUUCGUGUGCGCAUCACGUACCUGGAUGAUGUCCUUCGCAUUGUCCGCAAUGACAAGGAUGAUCAAGUUUUCGUGUAUGUCAAGGCAUGA